AUAUAUAUUUUUUUAUUUUUGAAAAUGACCGGAGCUUUCCCUAUUUUAUUUACCAACAUAUUUUUCCAAAGACUCAUUUUAUUUGAAGUCUUUAUUUAAGUCCCUGUACACUCCACAACUAACCAAAACCUUCUCAUCAAACAUAUUUACCAUACUACCCUUCUCAAUAUAGACGACCUAAAAUUAUUCUUGCCCCUUUUAUCUUUUACUGAAUUGGGGAAAAAGUUGAGAUGUCCUUUUACUGUUUUCAUCGUAAUGUUCAAACUCAAAGUCACCGCGCCUCUCUAGUCACCACAUCUCUCCUCUUUGCCCUAAAUCGACAUAUCAACCAUCGGCGAUUCGGCACCAGCGUCGCCGGUCCAACGUCGCCAGUCAAUCGUUGCCGGUCAAUCGUCGCCGAUCCAUCGUCUUCGGUCAAUCAUAGCCGGGACAUACCCUCCUAUGGACACACCUCGGUUCUCCACUAGAAGUCAAACAGAAAAUUUUACAUUUCCACCUGAGAAAUCGCUGAGUGGACCCUCUCCGGCCAAGUUUGGUAGCGGCGGCCUUGGCAGGGAGCCCUCUGCCUGUUCAGAGAUUGUGAGGUUUUCUACAUCAGCUUCCGGAGAGAUUGGUCGGAUCCCAAAUGAAUGGUCUCGAUGCCUUUUGCCUCUUGUUAGAGAUAAGAAAGUUCAAAUUCAAGGGUUUUGUAAAUCUGCUCCACAUAAUCUAGGUCUUAUGGAUACCAUUAAUCUAUCUAUCAGUGUUUACAUCAACAGUUCCAUAUUGCACACAAGCCAUCAGACAUCUGUCAAGGUACCCACCACUUCAGUUGAUGAAACCUCCAUCCAACCUCUUCCAACUUUAUUCCCAUUACUUGGACUAAUUCCUUUCAAAAAAGCAGAAUUUACACCUACUGACUUAUACACAAGGAAUCAAAGAUUAGACAUAAAGGAUUCUUCUGGUGUUCCUCCUCCAUUACUCAAUGCUCCCAAACUCAAAAACUCAUCUUCAAAUGGAAGUACAGUUGAACCCGAAGAGACAAUUUCAGAUAAUGAUCUUGACAAUAUUGUUGGUGUUGCAAAUGUCUCUGAGUUAGAGGAAAUGGAACCUCCUAAUACUCUAUUGUGUGAACUUCGCCUCUAUGAAAAACAAGCACUUCAUUUCAUGGUUAAUUUGGAAAAAGGACCAUGUGUUGAUGAUGCAGCUACUACUCUUCAUCCAUGUUGGGAUGCAUAUCAUCUUGCAGACAAGAGGAAAUUCAUAGUGUAUGUGAAUUCAUUUUCUGGAGAAGCUACUGUAGAAUUUCCAAGUACCCUUCAAAUGGCAAGAGGAGGAAUUUUGGCAGAUUCAAUGGGGCUUGGAAAGACUAUAAUGACAAUAUCACUCCUUCUCGCUCAUACUGAAAAAGGUGGAUCAUUAGAUAAAGAUUCCACCAGUGAAAUCAAUGGCUCAGAUCAAUCUUCAUCAUCUCCAAAAAAAAGCAGCAAAUUUUCUGGUUUUGAUAAGCUUAGAAAGCAUAAACAAUCACUCAUUGGUGGUGGGAAUCUUCUCAUAUGUCCCUUGGCUCUUAUAGGUCAAUGGAAGGCAGAGAUUGAAAGCCAUUCAGAACCAGGGACUGUGUCAAUUUAUGUUCACUAUGGGCAAAGUCGUCCAAAAGAUGCCAAAAUAUUAGCUUAGAGUGAUGUUGUGUUAACCACAUAUGGAGUUGUAGCUUCAGAAUUUUCAUCUGAGAAUGCUGAAGCACACACAAUAAAAUCCUCAAAAAGUCAAAUUUCCAUGGCGGCAGCUACUCGUGUUGCUGACCGGAGACGGUGUUUGACCGGGACCCCUAUCCAAGUAUGACUUUGGUCAACAUGUUUACUUUUUUGGUUCUUAAGGAUUGACGGGAGCUGGUCUUGGUGGAACAAGCUAAUUCAGAAACCUUCUGAGGAUGGACAUGAAAGGAUUAUACGUAUAAUCCUUCCAUUAUUUCUAUAUUUAUAAUGGAUGUUUCUGGUCAGGUUCAGCAACUGGCAUGGUUGGAUAAUGCCAAAGAGUGGAUUUUAGUUUGGUUUGAACCUACAACACAGUGUGAUGUUUAUGCUUUGU